AGCAGCAGCACCAGCAGCGGCGACGGCAGAGGAGAGACCACGAAGUCGCGUCGUCGAAACGCGCUCUGCUGGCUGGAGUUUUCCGGGCCACCACCUCCUCCUUACACCUCCACCAGCCCUCCUCUCUCUCUCUCCUCUGAUCUGUUGGAGCUCGAGCGCGGCCGACGGAGGCGUGAGGGCGUACGCGCGGAGGACACGCAGAGCAGCUGGACAGCCGUGCCAGGGAUAGCGCCGCCGAGGGUAAAAGAAAACAGGGAAGAUGCAUGAACUGAACGGGAGGCAGCGCUAGACCGUCGUACGUCGUAGACGAGGUGGCGGACGACAGCGACAACGACGACGACGACGGCGGCGGUAGCGGCGACGACGACGUAGUACGUGUGUGUUCGGAGGUGGUGCACGGUACCGCACGUAGGCGGAUCAACGGCGGAAUAGAGAGGGAGCUCCCCGGGUCACCGCCGUGUACGUGAUCCACUGCGGUGCGCUGUGGACUCCGCUUCGCUCCGCGCCGGAUUGUCGUCCGGGUGGUGACACGUCGCAGCCGGUGAGCGCGGCAGUGGUGUGCUGUAGUAACCCUGACCUGACCCCGCGCGCUUACACUCCUCGGGCUCGCGUUUCGUCGCAGUGUCCUCGUGAGACUCGCCGUGCGUGCGCGUACGACACCACACUCGGCGAGGCCCUCCACUGUCCGUACCGCGCGUCCCACUUCACGUCUCGCGGGCUUUUAUCGGUGAUCGAUCGAGCACGCGCGCGCGCGACAACCGAUUACGCCGCACCGUACGGAACAAUCGGCGAUCGGCGACGACAACUCGUUGUUGGAGGAGUUAGCGCACGACUGUCUCGCGAGUACAUCUUGGAGCUAUUUGUUAUUCUCGCAGGAGUGAAGCGUCUCUCGAAUCCUGUGAGUUCAGUGCGAGUUCAGUCGCAUAGUUGCUCAUAGUUGAUCAUCCGGAAAGGGGACGCGGAUCAUCGCUCCAUCGGACUCGGGUGGUGAAACAUAUCGUGUACACCAAUACGUAUACUUCUCCCUCCCUCUUAUCCGUUUUUCCUCCUCUGCAACUACGAUACACGAUCCGCGGGGCGACCUCGUAUUGUAGUCGCGUGUGCGUGUGGUAGUGGAAAGCAAAAGGUCGCGCGCGCUGCGCUGCGUAUUUGGGAGGGUUCCAAGUGGUCCAGCGGUGUGUGCGAUCGCCGAGAGGAUCGAAAGUAUGUUCGCCAGGGGGUAGUCCGCGAACGGGAACACGUACACGGCGAACGAGAGCGGUAUUCGUAACGAACGAGCGGGCGAACGAUCGAACGCAGGACAGGCAGCCGGGAGAAGCUUUGCAAGAGCAGCGCUUCGAAUCGGAGCAUCGCGACGACGAUGAUAACACGCGUCGAGUGAGUUUGGCUCCCUGACCAGCCAAGAGGAUGCCACGAGGACAGAGUCGCUGCCGAAUCGUACUGACGGGGCGACGCGGCGUCAGCGGGAUCUAGAGGAGCAUUCCCGAGGUGCGAACGAGUGCGCGAUCGUGUUUAGGAAGAGAACGAACGAAGACACACGAGAGCGAGACUGCGAGCGCAGCCCCCGAGGAAAAAUAGACCGAGGCGUGAAAAUAGAAGGUGGAACGGAGGAAUAGGAGGUGGGAAACCGGACGAAAGAGAAUAAGAAAGAAAGAGAGAGAGAGAGAGAGAAAAGCAGCGAAAGAAAAGCAAAGAGCGAGAGAGCAGAGAAGAGACACGCGACGAGGAGGAUCAUCACAUAGCGUAGUCUUUCGGUUUCCGGGGUCUCUCUCCGUGGGUGUUUUUACGCGUGUGGCCGUGGAUCGAUAGUUUGCCCCGCGAGCUCGUGCCGGACAGGAACGACGACGAGUUACACUACGUGGAGGACGCGCGCGGCCCUCUCGCGUUUAACGACAACGAUACCCUCGUGCCGCGAGUGACCGGAUCCGUGGGAGACGGGUAACGGAGAGAAGGAAGUUUCCGAAGGGCCUAGUUGGAGGUGGUGGUGUUGAGUAUCGCGACGGACGUUGCGUCAUCGUCGCGUGGACGUUCGGCCACCGGAAACCUUGUGGUGAUUUAUGGGGGACUUUAGCACGACGAGUCUCUUCUCGAGUACCCUGACCAGUCUGAAGUCUAGCACGGCUAACAGCGGCAUCAGCAGCAGCAGUAAUAGCAGCAGCAGCAGCAGCAACGCCAGCGCCGCCGUCAUCAUAACGACAUCCACGAUGCAAGACGACCUGCUGAUCGAAAAGCAAACCACCGGCAAAUCCGCCCCACUCUCACCGAGUGGUGCACUGGAUGCCGUAGCCGGACAGGACAAGUCGAAGGAUGUGAUCGAGGCGGAGAGCAUUUCCAUCACACCGACGACGCCCUCAUCAACGGAGAAGGAUAUCACGUGUAGCACGACUUCGGCUCUACAAGGCUUCGCUGAUCCUGGCGGCCGAGUACCCAGCUUGUGGUCCGCGCCGGACGACAGCGGGUUGCACGGCGCGUUGCCGGUCAAUGGUUCGAUUGCCGCGUUUCAGAAUUUCCCAGCCGGCGGACCCGCGGGCCUGUUUGCCAGCACCGGCGCCACCGGUGCAGUGUCAACCGGUACUCGCCGUGCAAUCACAGCCAGCCACAAUUUCCCGCAACAACAACAGCAUGGUAAUGCAGGUGCACCCACCGCCACCAGACACAGUGGUUUGCCAGUAUCGUCCGCUCAGCAACAGCAACAGCAACAACAGCAGCAGCAACAUCAACAGCAACAGCAACAACCGCCACCUGCAUCACAUCCGGGUGUUUAUCUGCCCGGCAAGGGCUACGCCGCGUGGUCAGGUGGGCCGCAGGCCCCGCAACAGUGGGGUGCAGGUCCGCAAGCGGCUGCUGCAGCCGCCGUUGCAAGCCCGGGUCUGUCACCCUGGAAUCGCGGUAGAUCUGUGCCCAAUCUACCGCCGUUGCACUCAUCUCUGCAUGCCGCUGCGGCGGUCGCGGCCGCUGCCGGGUUGCAAGGUCGCAAACCAAGUCCGACGUUUCCGGGCCAUCCGGGCCCGGCGGCGGCGCAUCCCUCUUGCAUCAGCCCGGUGAAGUUUCGUCGGAGCACAUCAUAUCCCGGCAAGGGCAACAUAUACCCGCCACAACCAGCUCCGACUUUCGAGGUCACCGCCGCCGAAGACAGGGAUCUGCUGCAGCUACCGCCAUUCCAGCAAGAUCGUAUGACGGCUAAUGGAAACUCACCGUUAGACAAUAUGAGGACCUUGGAACACUAUCUGAGCGACAUUAUGCGAGCAGGCGCAGCGGAUACCCCGGAACAUCUGAAAGGAUUUAUCAACUGCAACACCGCCAACACGCUGCAGUCGCUCGCGCAGCUACAUGGUAAAUCUCCGUUCUUCCCGAGUCUCGAGGAGCAGAGCGGUACUCUGCUGGAGGACCCGAAUGCGCCGAGUCAGCUGGAUAGCGUCGGCGUCGGCGUCGGGGUUGGCGUCGGCGUUGGCGUAGGCGGUGGCAUAACGGCCCAAGCGGCUCCGCUCUCGUCACCGAGUCGGAGCAGUCCUCACAGCCAAGGCAGCGAAACUGGCGAACGUUUCUCCAGGAAAGUCUUCGUCGGCGGACUACCACCCGAUAUCGAUGAAGAUGAAAUCACAGCCAGUUUCCGCCGCUUCGGCCCGCUGGUCGUCGACUGGCCGCACAAGGCAGAGAGCAAAUCCUAUUUCCCGCCGAAGGGCUACGCGUUUCUGCUUUUCCAGGACGAGGGUUCGGUGCAACAGUUGAUAGACGCCUGCAUUCAGGACGAGGACAAGCUUUAUCUCUGUGUGAGCUCGCCCACGAUCAAGGAUAAGCCUGUGCAGAUCCGACCGUGGCGGCUCAGCGACGCUGACUUUGUGCUGGACGCCUCCAUGCCACUCGAUCCACGGAAGACCGUUUUCGUCGGCGGUGUGCCACGACCGCUCAAGGCCGUGGAACUUGCUAUGAUCAUGGACCGGCUUUAUGGCGGUGUCUGUUACGCCGGCAUCGACACUGAUCCCGAGCUCAAGUAUCCGAAGGGAGCAGGCAGAGUCGCCUUCAGUAAUCAGCAGAGCUAUAUAGCUGCUAUCUCAGCCAGAUUCGUACAGCUCCAGCACGGCGACAUUGAUAAAAGAGUCGAGGUCAAACCAUACGUUCUGGAUGAUCAGAUGUGUGACGAAUGUCAAGGCCAGCGUUGCGGAGGCAAAUUCGCGCCGUUCUUCUGCGCCAACGUCACCUGCCUACAGUACUAUUGCGAGCAUUGCUGGGCAACUAUUCACUCCCGACCAGGUCGGGAGUUCCACAAGCCGCUGGUGAAGGAGGGCGCGGAUCGGCCUCGGGCCGUGCCUUUUCGCUGGUGUUAACCCCAGCUGCGUUGCCCCUAAUUAUCUCGCAGCCCUAGCUAAUUAACUACCACCUUCACCAAUACACUCCCCCACUCCCACCCUCCUCUCACGUGCCCCACCCAAGCAAUCCUCACCUCCCUGUCCCUAGACCCUCAUAUUACUUACUUACCUACAACAAGGAACACAACCUCAAAACCACUAUUACUACUCCUAUUACUACUACUACUACUACUACUACUACUACUACCACUCGAUCGUCACGUACUACCACUACUCUACUACCACUAUUACUACUACUAUUCUACUACUACUAUUAUUACUACUACUACUACCACAACUACUAUUCUACUAUACAAAUUACUACUACUACUACUACUAUUACUACUCCACUGCUAUUACUUCAAGUUGUACCGAUUAUACUGGAGGAAGAAACCAGCUGCUGCCGCCUGCCAGCCGAUGCAGGCUCUCGGCGUCGCUCCGACCUUUCACCUCACGACGACUUGCUAAACACGCGAACAUCCGCUUCGCGACGAGCGGCCGAUGUCAUCAUCGGGUCGACGCCUCGUCGCCGAAACGGAUUUCGCGUUCGAUGGAAGUGUUGAAAGACAGCAGAGAAGAGAGAGAAAGAAUGAUCGGAUCCACACCGAGCCGGAAGAAGAAGAAAAAGAAGAGGAAGAAAAGAAGAAGAUGAAGAAGAAGAAGGAGAGACAUACGCCGUGACACAGGAUUACAGAAGAGAAAACAGACACGAAUUCUCAGUAAUAUUGAUUACUCGUACACGUAAUAAUCCUAUCUGUCUGCGCUGUAAAAUGCACCGGUUCUGUCCAAGAGAUCGAGUAUCCUAGUUACCGCGAGUCUCGAGGAGAGCGAGUGAGGGGAAGAGAGAGAGAAGGGGGAGGGGGGUUCGCCGCCCUCGCGCACGCACCCCCGGCGCUGUCGGCCGAGAUUCUCCUCGAGUGUUUUAUCGAAAUCGCCUGACAGCGACUUUGAUUAUGAUUCGGGUCCGCCUCGUGGCGUUUCGAUUCGCCACAGAUCGCCUCUUUCGAGGUUGCCCGCCAAGAGGUGCAGAAGUUUUGCCUCGCAUCGUCUACGCGGGUCGGUAAAGUUUUGAUUCGCGGAACGCGACUCGAGUAGAUGCAGCGAGCGACUUCUCGGCCGAGUGGUGCUCAGUGCUUUCCCGAAGACGUUGUCCCGCUAUGCGACCGGAAGUCCGCACUUCGGAGGAAGCAGCGUGCCCUGCGCGACGAUCGAUCGUAAGAAACGCGAGUACCUGAUCUGUCGCGAAAGUGUGUUGCUAGAAUGCGAAUGAGCGAGGGGACGAGCGAAAAUGUGACGAGAGAAAGGGAAAGAGGAACAGAAAGAGUGGAUGCGCGAGAGGAAGUAGCGAAGAUCGAAAACGUCGCGCAGAUAAUGAGCGCUGAUGAAAGACACGGAUGAGAACAGUAGGGAAAGGAUAGAAACGACUCCGAGAGAGGCGAACCGUUCACAUUGGAUAUUAAUCGAUAAUGAAAAUGAAGCCACGCUUGAAACCGCUGUGUAUUAGGUAAUUCUCUGUAUCACAUAUACACGCACCACAUACACACAUACAACACACACACAUACAGAGAGAGAGAACACACACCAAUACAAACGCAUACACACAGUCUCCUAGUUAUUAAGAAUUUAUUAAAAAUAUGUUACAUAAAUAGGGGUGCGUUGCGUAAUGCGUUUCUCAUUCGGAUAACGCGACCGCGCGCUCGUAGGGAGGCACUUAAGAGAAACAUUUUUUACUAAUUAACUUAUUCAAGCGAGAGGAUGAGAAAAAAACAGAGAGAGAUAGUGUAAACGGGAAACAAACGCAGAAGAAACACAAACUGAAGAAACCGAUUUUUUAUUUAGAAUAAAAAUGCAUCGUAUAUAAGCGACGGUAGGAGGGUUGUAAACGUCGGAAACCGUUGAUAUCGAAAUAGUUCAAUUUUCAAUGCUUGCGCGCGUGAACAAGAGAGAAAGAGAGCGGCUGUAUAUGUCCGCGACGUAUCACGUACGGACGCAUGUGCUCCAGGUUGUCCAGACCUGCCUAGCCCAGUCUAGCCUAGCGUAGCCGUACCGGAUUCUCUGCCAAUACUUUUCCCAAAACCGGUGCGAACGACCUUACAUACAAGCCUUCGCGAUAACGCGAAGCGAGUCUCACGUUGUGUCGCGCGCGCGUCUACGCCUCUCGCAAGAAUGAGAAAAGGGGAAAGACAAGUGAUAGAGGCAUGAGCUUCCGCUUCUCAUUCGCGAACAAGAGGCGAAGCCGGCGCCUUCUGAGUACGCGAGAGCGAGUAAGACAAAUUUUACACCCCCGGUUUCACUAUACUACGUGCAAUAAACGGUCGCUCUUACGCGCAAGUGCCGACGAUCGGGAUCGGCGAUCGGCGAACGCUCGGGACGGACACGCGCACACGUGCAAUUCUCCAAAGAAGUUUGUCAAGGUUCGCUCGUGACUGAUCAGCGCUAUAGGUGGAACGUAUCGAAUAUCCCAAGUCUCUGAGCCCGUACGUUCACCUCUUUGGGAAAAAGCCGAGCGGCGUUCUUUCUCGCGCGCGGCGAAACGACCCCGCGGCUCGAUUUCGCGUAACGAACGGGCGCGAAUACGGUAUCAUUCUCGAAACCAAAGUAGCGAUAAGAACCGCGACUCGUAGGCGGGGAAAGACCGAUGAAACAGCGAUAUAUCUAGGGAUCGUACCUAAUUUACUCUCUUCAUACGUCCGAUAGAUGAUUGGAAAGUGUAUGGCGCGUCUGAGGGAUCGCGUUUCGCGCGGAACACUAAUAUAGAUUCGUAUAUAUAUAUAUAUAUACACACACACAUAUAUAUAUAUACAUACAUAUUAUAUAUAGAGCCGCAUGUUGUCACUCCUGUACAUACAUACCGAUCCCUCUCUUUUAAUCCGAUUAACCGGCGUUUAUUAAUCAAUCGCGAUCGCGAGUGUGCACGUUUUUCAAUCCCUUUCAAGGCAAACGAACUUCUUCGCUGGGUGUAUAUAAUCAAACGCAAUCGCCGUAGUUCAAAUAAAAAAAUAAUCAAGGAAGACUAGGGAAAGUUCUACCUGAAUCUUGAAACGCCAUUGAUCGCGAGUCCUAUUCUCGAUGGGGGCAUAGGAAACCAUUUGUGGAUGGCGGAUAUCGGAAAACCAGUGAUUUUAAGCGUGACGCUUCCUAGACGCUUCCGCGCGGUAUACUGUCCGGAUACGCAUCGCUUCCCAAACCGAUUCGUCGCCGUUAGAAUCGAAAAUGUGCCGGCUAUAUAGCGUAGAGUAAUUUUUGAUAACGAAACAAUAGGGCGCAGCCUUGGCGCUUACCACGGUCAAUGUCCGCCACUUUCAAACGAUCUUCUUAUCGUGCAAACGGGCGUUUUAUUGCAUCUCCGUCUACGGGAUUCUUCUCGAAACAAACCGAAAGGGUCGACACGGCUAGGAAGUGUUGCGCUUGGAAUUAGUAUGCAACGUUGAGUGUUCCGCUUCGUAGAUAACAGAAAAAAGAUAGCCACAUUCUGUACGUAGCAGCAGCAGCAGCAGCAACAGUCGGAAGACAUAGUUUUACCUCGCAUGAUGAGUCUCUCUCGCGGUACUCUUCUUCUGCACACGUAUCGGACUUUGUACACGUCUACAAGUACACAUACAGACACGCUCCAACACACACGCAUAUACGCUACUUACAUAGACAUGACACAGCAAACACAUAUACACACAUACAGACGAUUAUGCGACCAACGGAUCACGAUACACGUUGCGCGCGAAUCUAACGACGAAGGGACAAAAAAAAGAAGUAAUUUCCACAUCUAUAUAUACACAUAUAUAUUUAUUUUUUUGGUACUCCUUUUUGUAUAUACAUCGUCUCGCCGUGUAGAGAUUAGGCGGCGUUUUAUUAGGGCACCGCACGGGGGAACGCGUUAUUACAUGUAGGUGAAUGGUGUGUUCGAGGAGACACCACGCGACGAUAGGCGGCCGCGUUCAACGAGGAACCUCCGUCCCUUCGUUCGAGACGCAUUAAUUGGCCCGUGUGCAUCUUCAACGUGGACGGCAGUCGUGUAGAAGAGAAAAAUUAACGAAUCCGAAAAAUUAAAUUAAAGGAUGGGGCAGAAGAAAGGGGUGAAGAAAGAAGCGCAGGGUUCGCAUCGUAACUCUCUUUGGCCCAUCGGGCGACAAGUGCUAUCGCACCGAGUCUAUUCGACAAACGAAAAUUGAGAGAUGAACGAAUAACGAGAAAAACAGAGCAGGUGAAGAACCGAGAAAAUAGGGAAAUGAGGAACCCGAAUCUGCCGCCCACGCUGAAGGUCUUCAAGGAAGGGAAGGAGGUGAAAGGGCUGAAAGGGCAAGCACUAAGUAUAUAAUUGUACACAUAUACAUACACUAGCUGAUAGAGGAACAAAUACGUUGAAUUUUUCUAUCCGUUGCUAUCGCGAUGUUCUAAAUAGACCACGAUUCGACCCUUUUUCUUACGCACUCAACGGACAAUUCGAAACUGUUUCGAUCGUGAGGAAGAAUCGAGGGGGAGGUGAAAGAAUUGACGUAGGCAGGAGCGCGGUAACGCGAGGAAUGGAGAUUUGGCGGAAAAACGUGAGAAACGGGAGGAGGGAAUGGAGGCAGGACGAGAAUGCGAGCGAUUAGUUAGUGCAAUUUUACAUACGAAGCACCGUUCUCGUAAAUCGUGCAAGAUAGAGAAAAAGGGAAAGAGAAAGAGAAAGAAAUAAAGAUAAAAGAAGCGAGAUAGGAAAAGUGAGAGGGAGAAAAAGAAGAACGACAUAAUCCGUGCGGCAUACACAGGGGAAAUAAAUAAAUUAAUUAAUUAAAAUACGUGAGCCGCGCAAUGGCGAGUCGCGUGCUGUCGCGGAAAAUUUAUGUAUAUGAAAAACGCCGUGGUACUCGCGCGAGCCGGCUCCCAUAUAUUAGGCGAAAAUUUUUCUCAAUCCACAAUCGCGAUCACGGAGUAUGCGUCGUCGAAGGCGCUCGUGCGCGACCACACGCAACAUACGUACAUGACACACAUAUACAUGCAUAUACAACUACAUACAUGCAUACACACACAUGCACGCACGCACGCACACGCUCCACACUAAUCGAUCGAUAUAACUAUGUAGCGAAACUUACCUAGGUACCAAUUCACCUAAAUCAAUAAUUGAUAACUAAAGAUAUAUAUAUAAUAUAUAUAGUAUAGAGAAGAUAGAGAGCGUCGUGUUCUCCAAUACUUGUGACCGAGCGAGUACUUGGACGGAGACCGAAACCGAUUUUUCUAGACAAAUUUUUCUAUGAUGUUCAAAAAAAGUCCGAUGAAACGCGCGAAAAAAAAUGAAAAAAAAGCGAGCGAGGAGGGAGGACCGGACGUGAUGUCACUUUGUGCCAGAACGUCGCUUCGGAUCCUGUUUCGGGAGUGCGGAUGCACACGCGCAAGUACACUUAGCCGUAGACACGACACGUGCACACAUACACGCGCGACGGAUUCGUGUGCUAUUUCAAACCACAAAAGUCUAGCCGCGACUAUACCCGUUCUUUUUACGAUCAUACACGCAUAUAUACACACACGACGAGUAAAUCAUGAACAGCGUUUCCACACAACACGCGAUCUUUUUUCGUGCCACACACAAAGAAUCCAUAAAAAAAAGUCCCCACGUGUACGGAAUCUUUUUGUCAAGUCGCAAAUACACCCCCUCGCAUACGCGUGCACAUAUACAUACACAUACAUAUACAUAGAUACACUCACACGCGCGCGUUUCCCACCCUGAGCUACAGUCGUCUCUUCGGAUAUGAAUGUCUAGCUAAAUGUACCACCUCACUGUGUAUACUCGGGUCGUUUCGCGGGUUUCGAUCCACUCCUCCCUUCCCCUCCACCCGAUUGAUAUUUAUCUCUCAUCCCCUAUCCCGGCAUCGUGUACCUCUUUGUGCGAGACACUUAUUUUUGUGCUAGCGAUUUAAGGCGCCACGAAGGGGGAAAGAAACUUUAGAUAUAUUUCAUGUAGAAGCGUAUGAACGCGUCGACGCUUGCCUUCAAGCUUCUCGGGAACCAACUCGCGUGAAACGACUCGUUCGGUCGACGCAAGAGCGAUAAUCACAGUCACACUUGAUCAUACGCUCGUCUUUUUUCAGGAUAAUCCCGAAUUUCUAAUCAUCGUUUUUAUGAUACGGAUGAUUCAGCUCAAUUAUCAGCGUUCCACAAAGUCUGCGAUGGAGAACGAUCAUCGUAGUUUUGAUCACCACCAACACUCCGCGCCGACCGUGCGAUCAGUUUCACCACAGUUGGUUCCUGCGGAUCCUUACUCCAAAUCGUCGCCGGACAGACUUUCCGAAAAUUCGGGGAUCUGGUGCAACACACCCAACACACGCGAAACCGAAUUUUGUCUGAUAUCUGAGGAAGCAGCACUUUCGCGUGGAACACCGAAAGCUUCCACUUCCUUAGCACCAAGAGCAUAGUUUAUCCGAUCACCCCACAGAAGUCUUGGUAAAGCAAAAUCCAGAGAUUUCUCGUGUCGGUUCAAAUCGCGUUCCUACGGCGGCGAGAUUGAAUCGGACCGAUCACUUUUUAAUGAGCACUUUCGAUUUCGCCACCAAUACUCGAGUACUUUCGUUCGACCGGAAGAGGAAACGGCGAAAGAGAAGAUCGCGAGAUACAGCGCGUCCGCAUUUUUCAACGGCUGCGCGAUAUCUCGUGCAAAAUCCGAAAAGCGUUAAACGGACGAAUCGAGUACGGUUCGAGAGAGAUCCGGCCGAAUAUUCCGUGUCGAAACGUGUUGUACGAGGGAAAAACUUUUUCUAUCCGUCGUUUUGUCUGCAUGCGCGAUCGCGCGAACAUAUCACUUGCGGUCUACCGGAUAAGGAUCGGUCGGUUGGUGAAACCGAACGGAAGUGCUGUCGCGAGACCGGGACGUUCUCCCGCUUGUGCUGCGCGGAGUUGUCGCACAUUUUUCACGUGAUCAAGUAGCAAACUAAUGAAGCGAUAGAAGUGAAGUACAAUGUAUCCGUACAAGUUGCGCAACGGGCACGUUUUGCGACGCUUUUUCUUCGAUGAACACUUUUUUAGUUAGAUCUGUUGUAUUUAAUAUUAGCGUUUGAAUAGAAAUCGUUUAUAUUUUAUACUUGAAAUGGAGUUGCAACUAGAGUUUGAUUACAGAUGCUACUUUUUUUUAUUAUUUCAUUAUCGAGCAUAGUUUCAGAGUUUUUUUACCGUGCGCGUCGUGGUUCAUCAUCAUAGCACUGCUAGAACGCACGGAUUGGAGGAUAAAGAGAUAGACUUAGAGAUCGAUUUGUUAACGAUAGAUUUAUAAAGAAUAUUUUUUGCACGAGGAAACUUUAUGCACUAAUUAUUUUCAAUCCCCGAGUUGAAAAUCAUUUGUAAUUAACGUAAUAUCGAGCGCUCGUCUGCUCGUCGCAGAAACAAACUUUCCGGAUUCGUUGGAAGUAGAAAUCUUGAUCGUCGUAGAUACUGAAAAAUUCAGCUUCGAACUUUCGGAUCGAUCGCGCGCGGCGAAGGGGAAAGCGAUUAGAGAAGGAAGAAGUUAAUAAAGCUGUAAAAACAACGCGACGCGCGGCGACGUUGCACGCGUAUACAUGCACACGAUACACACAUCCAUCCAUACACACGUGCACACAUAUGCAUAACACCAUCAAACUUUUGUGCAAGCGUGGCGCGUAAGUGAAUCAAUAGAGAAACAAGGAAAGAAAUAACCGCAAAGCUACAUCCGCAGUACGAAGUUAACGUUUGACAUACGCCAGUAACAAAAAAAGUAACAACAACAAAAUAAUAAUAUGUUAGGUGUGAUUCUUCACCUCCUUUGUAAUAUGUGUGAUAAAGCAUAAUAUAUAAUAAUAUAAUGACAAUUAUAUAUAUAUAUAUAGAUAUAUAUAUUAUAUAUAUAUAUAUACAUAAAGUACUAAUAUAUAAUUGAUAAUAAUGAUUAAAAUAUCUAAUAUAUUGUGACAGACUUUGAGGAAAACAAAAGAAACGGUAUGUAAUUGAAAUUAUGUAAAUUGCACGACACGACAGUAAAAAGCGAGAGAAAAGAGAGAGAGAGAAAAAGUGAAAGCGGAAGUAUAAAGGAAACACGCGAUUAGUACCCAGACACGUAGCGCACAUAAUCGCGCACGUGGGGUGCGAAAGAAGGGCGGCUAUUAGGUGAAUAUCGGUUCGCUCAAGAAAGAGCUUAAGCGUACCUACUGUCGUUCGAGUGAUGCACGUAAUAAAUUAAAGACGAGCGUAACGAGAGAGCGAGAGAGAGAGAGAGAGAGAGAGAAAAGCAUGCAUUGAUUAAAAAAAAACAUGGAAGGGAACGAGUAACAAUGGUAGUCAUUUACGAUAGAUUUGUAUUUUUCAGUGUUGAAAAGUUUUUUAUACCGCUGUUAUAUUCUUGUCUAAAUAUCUUAGUUCAGAGAAGUUGCGCGAGUGCGUGUGUACGUGGACGUUUCUGUGCAUCUGCCCGUGUAUGUAUGCACACAUAUAUGCGUGUAUGCAAGAGCGAAUGUUGCAUGCGAGCGAGGGGGUGCGUCGCGAGAGAGUAUGAGUGAGAAAGACCGGAUGCGAGAGGUGAGGAUGAUCUGUCGAGAGCGAGGAAGAGACGAUUUUGAUCUCCUCAUCGUCGAUAUGAUAAUCGCGCGAUCGCCAACAGCAGCGAAAGUGUAUGUGUGUGUUGUGUAUCUGUGUGUAUGUGUGUAAGCUUCCUGCGGAAGGAUUGCCUGACGUAAAUGUUCGUGCCGUCGAAGAGUCAAGAAAUUAAAAAAGUGAAAAAAACAGGAAGAUCGUUAUUUAGCUAUCUGUUUGUUUAGAAAAAGGCAUAAUCCUUUGCGUAGGAUCCUUCCGCUUCGCGCGAGGAAAAACUGAUCUCCAGACUAAGGGAUGAAUAGAAACAUUGUCGAGAGAUCAAGGACUCGCACGACAAAAAGAAGGAAGCGAUAAAUGUGUGCGCGAUACAUAGAAUCCCAUUACUGCUCGAAUUAUUAUGCAAGAGAGAGAGAGAGAGAGAGAGAGAGAAUCGUAAACCGCGUACACCUCCUGCUCACCCUCUAAUGUACCGUUUUCCGAGUACGAUUUGAUUAAUUAAUUUUUAUUUUUUUAAAUAAAGUUAUUAUUCUUAUAUUUUACGAUGCUAUGGAUAAAUUUUAUAGUAUAAUGCAAGUAAGCUACAGAUCGUUUUUUGUUCUUUCUUUUUAUAUACAUAUACGCACAUGCAUGUACACACAUUACACAUCCACAGAUCACGCGUGCACACACACACACAUGACAUACAUGAAUCAGCAAAAGAAACGAUGCAUUCAUCCUCUGUGACAAAAUUGAUAGCCUUUUUUAAAAAUCGUAUUGAUGGCCAUAUUUUAAUCGUUUCGCUUGAUCGUAUGUGCACGUGUAUGUGUGUAAUUAAUUUGCUUUGUCACAGUGAUUUAUCUAGCUUUUCAAGAAUCUGACAAAAUUGAUUAUACGAUUAAAAGAUAAAUGUUUUCGCGUUUCAGAAAAAUUAGAAAAAAAUUAUAAUGAAUCCUUUGCCUUUGUAUAUAUUAACACACGCACACUCACAUACAUACAUACAUACACACAGAAUCAGAGCCGUCGUUUCGAUUUAUCAUCCGGUGCGGACGUGGAAGGCGUUAGAUGAUUUAAAUGAUCUCAUCGCGACGGUGUGAAGAUUAAAUUUUCUCAAUUUUCAAUCGAACACCAUCGCCCAUGCGCAAAGUUGCCAUUGGAUCGAUUUAACGAGAUUUCGGUUUUGAACAUAGGUGCCUUUUUUUAAUCUACCACUGCAACAAAUCGAGAGUUGCCGAUCGAGCGCCUGCAUCUUUUCCUGCUUUAUGAAUUUGCAUCAUCGCCAGCUCAUGAAGAAUGCGUCUCGGCGAUGAUUAAUAAUUCUCCCUCGUUAUUAUUUCGAGAUACAUAUACAUAUGUUUCUACUCGUAUUACUACGAUUCACUGCAAUUUAUCAUUACGAUUAAGAUCCAUUAUUAUCAUUAUUAUAUUGCUAUCAUUAUCUAUCAUUAUCUAUUAUUACGAUCAAGUCACUAUUGUAGACGUUUUUAUAUACCAAAGAAGAAAUCGAAAUACACCGAGAACACCGAGAUAUAUACACACGCGCACGCGCGCGCGCAGAUUCGAGACAAAAGAUAAAAGACGAAAGAUUCGAAAGCCAAUUGGAAAAUCGCAUCGAGAGAAAUUCGCUGGUGCUCGAUUCUCAUCGAAAUUCUCUCGACUUGCUACAUGUCAGUUCUUAUUUUUUUUGUCUUGUCUUUUUCGUUCUUUGCAUGAGCGAUGAAGCGCGUAGUCUCAAGAUUCCUCCGAUAUUUGAUAAACGAUACGAUCGACGACCACGUAUUCGCAAAUCGCAGAUUUAUCCGGGAAAAAAAGAAAAGGAAGAUUCUUGGAAAAUCCACGAAUAAUUAUGCAAUUUUUGAUCGACGAGCACGGGAACGACGCGUAAGCUCCGUCUCCGGUACGAUUUCGUACUUAAAGCGGAUUUCAUAAAUUAUAGACCUCUUAGCAUACGUUACGAAUUCUUCUGAAAGAUAACGUAGGAUCUAAAAGUCGCGCUAACAGUUCUCGAGCGAGUUUUGGAUUCUCUGGAUCGUCGGGUUGUUCGGCAUGCUGGUAUAUAUCGGCGAUAUAUAUCAGAAAUAUAUAUAUAGCGAAUAAAAUCUCUCUUUGUUCGAUGUUUUUUUCUUUUAUAUUAGAUUAAUCGAUUAUAGUACACGUUGAAAACGAGGCGAGGCCGCCAGCGUGUUCGCGGUAGCUUCAGCCGAUCGCGCUUACAAUUAGUAUAAUUCGAAUUAAUAAAAUAUAUAUGUAGACAUGCGUAAAUAAUAUACGAGUGAGAGAAUGAGAGAAAGAGAGAGGGAGAAAGAGAGAGAGAAAGAGGUAGAGAGUGGUAAGCUUUGGUAAAUGUUAAAUGGCAGAUCUUCGAGCGUGAAGAAACACGCGACAAGACGUUGCUAAACAAAUAGCUGGGCGCAGUGCAAUGAAUUUGUGUAAACGGAGACGAGAGGAGUGCGAAGUGCACCGCGUGCGAGAAAACGAAAGGUACGACGACGUUUGCCCCUGUUUUUCCUUUUUUUGUUAAAAAUUUUUUCUUUUUUUUCUUUCAGUGGCGACGCCACUGAAACGGGAGAAAUGGUAACUUCUAGCGUAAUCGAAGUGUCCCGGUGUCCCAGAGGCGGGCAAAAUGAGCGUGCGCUCAGAAAAUGAGAAUAUCGAGAGACUUUCGGGGAUCGAGGAAUGCGCUGGAUUAUAAAAAAAUUAUUUAUUUCCCUUUCUUCCCCCUCCCCCUGCCCCCGCCGUGUAAUAGCGAUUCGCUGUCCCUUUCUAUAUGACAUAGUCCUCUUAUCUGUAGCACGCAGAGACGGAGAAAGUGAGAACUGAGUUGAAUCGGGGUCUGCGACCACCCGGAUUACCGGCGCCGGCCCGAAUAGUCGAAUCACUGUGAGGAAAAUGGAAAAAAAGUCAAAAAAGGCAAAUAGUCCCUUAGGUGCGAAAGUAGCGAAUUUUUUAAUACUAUCUCGAAUUUCUACGAAACCUCGAUUAGCGAAUCCUGUACCUGCAUUAACUAGGAGAGAGCUCCCGCGACGGGGCGCAGGCGGUCUUAUAGAAUUGCCGCGUCGAAAGGGAGAGCGAGCGUUUCGCCACGUGUAUUUUCGUCGAGUAUUUGUAGAAUUGGCUUAUAUUGUUAUUAAUCUUUAAUAUAUAUAUAUAUUUAUAAAAGAUAUAUAAAUAUACAUAUACAUGUAUAUGUAUAUGUAUAUAUAUACAUUGUCCUAAGCGUGUAAUUGUGAAUAUGAAUUUCUAUAUGAUCUUGUAAUAUAUAAAUUAUAUAUAUAUAUACAUAUACAUUAUAUAUAUGCAAUUACACGGAAAAGAUCGGAGGUGCAACUUUUAAGUACCGGGUUACAUAGUUACCAUCACGCAUCGGAGUGAUUAUCGCACGUAGGCUAAUAAUAAUUUCUGGAGUGUGUAUGCGUGCUUGUGUAUGUAUGGGUGUAUGUAUGUAUAUUUCUCUGAGCCGUGCGCGAGCUUUGCGACUCGCUGGUAUAAAAUGUCUAUUAAUCUUCCGCACGCGUAACACACGACGUAUAUGUACGUUUUGCCCACCUCUGGCAAAACCUGGCAUGUCCCGAACGCGAGCGCAAUCCUCCGCGGUCUCUUCCUUCGAUUUUUCGUACGUUUUUCGCGUAAAGUGACUCGAUGGCAACGCGCUAGAAACUCGAGCCGCUAGCUACGAGGAGACCGAUACGAUUAAAUAAUAAACGACAAGAAUAAACUUUUAUAAUUAGUUAAAUGAACGAUUAGUUGUCUCGAGAUGUUUGAGAUCCUUAGAUGCGGAUAAAAGCGAUAUUUUCCCAAAAGCAUUUUUAAAAAACAUAUAAAUAGAGUUUCGGAAUUAAAAAGUUAAACGUCUAAUACGAAAAGAGAGAAUAAGCUAUAUUACGAUUAGUUACGUUUUUCACGAGAUGUUUUAAAUCUUUAGGAAUGAUAGACGCGAUAUUUUCUCAAAGCAUUUAAAAUUUAAUUCGGCUCUCGCGCACGAUAGGGCGAAAGAGACCGGAUUCUCCAAUGUUGACGAAAUUCGAUAGAGAUAGCGAAAUUACCGCGGGAGUGCACGUCGUAGGGGCGAUGCUCCCGCGGAUAUAAUCAAUGACAAAGUAACGUAUCUUUUAGGAAGCGUGCAAGCCGUUGCGUUUUAUAGGAGUACCAGGCCAAUCGCAACAGUUUCGCGAACUGUGACGAUCGUCUUGAUGAUCUUGAUAAUCGAUCAAUCGUACGCGGGACGCAUAUAUGCGUCGCACGACGGCGAAAUUACUCGCGCGUAUCACUCACACACCCACACAACACACACAUCCACAUUCCUGAUACAUUCACGAUGAUACACGUGCGCACACUCACACGCGGAACCCGCCACCCUCUCGUGUCACAGUAUACUUCUGAUUUUAGUGAUAUGACGAUAAUUAAAUGUAGUGAGCUGUUUGUUUCUGCUCUCCUUUUUUUAUUGAUGUGUACAUUUUCAGCGGGAGUUUGUAAUUUUGUGAUUCGGAUACCUUGCAACGCGAGAUGAGGAAGUGAGUGCGAGAACGGAGUAGGGAGCGUAGUGAGGACGGGUGCAAGGAGAGUGAAAGGGCUCGUAAGAGCGAGGGAGAGGAAAGAGAGUAGAAAUGUGUGUACGAUGCCGAUUCAUUGAUUAUCCUUAGCAGCUAGCGUGUAGUGUGUCGAUAUUGAUAUAGAGAUAAAUAAAAUGAUAAAACUCACGAGCGCGCCCGCGUUUUCUAAAGUAGAGAAGAUAAAAGCGGGAUAAAUAAAACAAAAAAAGAAAAAAAAUUAUAUAUAUAUAUACAUAUAUACAUGUAUGUGUAAAUAUGUAUAUGUACAUACACAUGAAACGCGGCGCGCGAUCGUUGCUAGCCAAUUUGCUCCUACCGAUCCUUUUUGUACCGUUCUUUUUUCUAAAUAAUAAUCUCUUUAUAUUGUAAUGUGUAUUCUAUGCUUAGAACGAGAAACUUUUGUAUUACACGCGACAUCCGACGCGCGCGUCCACCACGAGACACGAGUUAUAAAGUAGUAGCGAAGUUUUUACGACCGCCAGCGAUCGAGAGAUCCGCGACGAGUCGGUUGAUGAAUCUUAGCUCAUGAACGUAGGCGUUCCUUCGAUGCUACAAUCGCGACGAAUAAUAAUUAUAAUAAUAAUGAUUAUAAUCAUGAUAAGAAUAAUGAGUACACAUGCAACGUACACACACACACACACACACACACACACACACACACACACACGUACGUUUGUAAAUGGGACGUUCGGACAGACGAGGACAGGUUUCGUUGUUGAAGCGACGAUUAGCGGACGGCAUCAAUCUCGCCAUGAUAAUCAUUCAUCGUCGAUCGGAUGACCAAAACCGCGAAAAUGACCGUCCGGGACGGGAUCUCGCGAUCGAACUAUUCGAUCGGAUCGUAACCGAAUGGGAAUAUCGCGGACCGAUCGUGAAUCACACGUUUGACGAACGACGCACGAUAUUUACGGCUGUGAAACGCGACAGACGUAACUCGACCUGGCGCGCACUCGGGAACUCCCAAGAAGACGAACAAUCCAAAAGACGUCCCAGAGGCGGCCUAAGGCACGUCCAGAAAGAUUGGGGACGUCUUUCACGACUCUCCGAACGUGUCCAGAGGCGUCUUUCGAGAGUUAGACGACGUUCAGGCGUUUGUCUUGAGGAAGACCUCUCGAGUGCGCGCCAGGCAAGAAGAGGACACAUUUCACGCAUUGCGAGCGCAUCUUCGAAGUCGCUCGGAAACCGAGCUGUUGCACUUGGCGGCUGUAACCGUCGUGAUUUUACACCGUAAAAUUUAUAAUUAUGUGCGGGCGGAGGGAGAAAGAAGGAAAGAACCGAUUCGCCUCACGCACUUCACGGGGAACUUUCGAGUAUGACAUACCGAAUUUUCGUAGCAGGAUCGAGACAAGAGAGACUUCGAUCAUGACUCAGCUCCUUUCCGCAGAAUACGAUUCGCGUGGAAAUCAUGCCGGUCCCAAUCGCUGAUACUUUUCGGAUCGCCGACAGCUCCAGCGACGAUGAUGAGAAAAGACGAGGGGAUGGGAUCCGGAGGGUGUCGAGGGGAACAAACGAAGCAGCCUUUUUCGUGUAUUAGAUAUUUUUUUAUACGACCGAUACGUGCGUUCUACGAGAAAAUACUUGCGUGAUUUCUCGAUGCCGUGUUCCGAACGCUCACGGACAACGGAGGGCGGUCACCCCUUGCGGGAGUAACGGAUGCGGGUGCGCGGGGACGCGGGUGCGAAGCGAACGAGCCGAAUCGUGAAGGUGAAAGGGAAAACGCGAUAAUCUAGGAUGAUGAUUUUUUACCUUUUUCUAAAAUAUGUCAAUCGACUUAAGAUGUUAGUAGUACAUGUUGAUGUUCGAUAUAUUCGCGGAUUUUGAAUUUGCGAUGCGCGGACGUGAGUCUGUGGCAGAAUAAGAAAUUUAAUAAGCGUGUCUGCAUGUACGCGUGCGUGCAUGUGAGAGCAAGAGAGAAUGUAUGAGCAGUAAGAGAGAUUGAGCAGGAUGAAUGUACGAGGCGAAUGCGAGGGAAUGAAUGCGAGGAUCAAUUGCUAAUUAAUCGUGCGAGGCACACACGUUAUCACGGAUUUCUAUUUAAUCGGAAAAUAUCGUAAAAUGAUUAACACGUUCAGUUACUGUCUUCUAUAUUCCACUCGUAUUUCUUCUGCCGUGGCGAACGCGAUCUUCCGGAUCUCAUUUUUUAAGAAGCGAUAAUCUCGAUUUUUCCCGUAUUUCUCUUUUGCGUUCUGUUCGUUUAUUAUCCACGAUCACUGAUUAUUUCGUAAAUUAUACCGAUAUGUUCACGCGCAGCUUUAAAGCGCAAUCACGCGAUUCGAUUGUGCGGUCAAACAUUAGCAACUCGAGACACUUCACAUUAAAGAUUCACGUUUUUCACGAAUGAUGCCACGUAGAAUGAUUUUCGCGUGAUGAAUGUCACUGAUACACUCCUCCUUAAACGCUCCAUUUUUUAACGUUAUCAACCCUCGCAUGUCACAGUGAAAUUGUAAUAUUAUCCACCAUCGACUGAAGGUGUUGUUAUGCCAGUAGGCUCGAUGGCUUUUAUACAGUCGCAUAGAGAAAGUAUAAAUUAUUCUUUUAAAAUCUUAUUUAUAUAAGUCUACGUCGUUACAUUGUUAUCAAAGACAUUAUUUUUUAUAUUUAUUUCGGAUGGUUUCUUAUCUAUUUUUCUGAUUAAGAAUGUAUUUUUAUUAAUUUGAUAAACGAGAUAUUGUAUAAACACAUGUUUUAUAUUUUAUAGUAAUAACUUAUUUAAAAAGGAACUCUCUUUUGAAAAUUUAUAUGAUCGUUUAGUCCCUUGAUAUCCGCAUCACUGUGCGCUUCAAAAAUCUCCAUUAUCUGUAUUCUCUUUAAUUAACAAGUACUUUAGUAAUUUAACAUAUAUAAACGGAACACUAUACAUUAUAUUUUAUAACGAUAUCUCUAUUUUCUUAAUUAACAAGUACUUUAUUAAUUUAAUAUAUAAACCGCGAGUACAUUGUAAAUUACUGCGAUUAUAUUUUAUAACGAUACUUUAUAACAUAAUAUUUUUUUAAUUUACCAACACCGUACGCUAUAUAAAAUACGAAAAUCGGGACUCGUGAUGGAUGUAUAGAUGCAUCGUGCGGCUAUCUAUUUUUCGAGUUCCUGUCACUGAACUAUGAUAGCGCAGUAUUAUUUAUUCAUAGAAACGUCCGUCUGUUCGCGUACUCUCCGAUUGAGGAAUCGUACGGUUUGCAUUGUAUCGGCAUAAUCGCUCGAUUUGCAUUAAUGCGAUGGCGAUUACGAUGCAUCUGAAGCCGCGCUCGCCAAUUCUUCAAGUCAUUCACUGUCGGUUGCGUUCUUCAAGGUCGCUCCUGUCGAGUAACCAUGCUCAAUUUUAUCCGUUAACUUUUAACGAAACGUUCGCACUUGCCGACGUGAAAGAGUCGAGCGCGAAAAAAAGCGAGAACACGAUCCACCGAGCGGCUCGUAGGACCAAAGGGACAUCCUCGAGCGGCUUGAGAAAAGCGAAUCCCUUACCGAUCUUUCCGCGUGUAAAGGCGGCCACGCGCGUUCCCUUCAGACUGCACGUGUCCAAAGUUGGAGGACGGGUCCAUCCCCUUACCGAUCUUCGCACCAUUUCUUCGCGUGUGUACAUCGUCGUUUGACAAGCGUGAUGACUACAAGUGGAUCUAAGAAAACCUCUCCUGGCAACUUGGGUGAGACCAGAAUUUCCGUGUUUCUUUACAGUGAUUUUUAUCAAUUUCGGACAACAGGUAGUUUUCUUUUUUUUCGUAAUCGUAGGUUUCCGUCAACGUCGAAAAUCGUUGACUUGAUUGAACAGACGAAAGAUCUGGUAUCUUUGAGUACCUCGACGGAGAGAAAGAUUUAAAAGAGAGAAGAGGGAUGAAUUGUAAAUCAGGAUCAGAGUCAAUAGACACAUAGAGCUCCAAACGACUUUGCAGACUUUUAAAAAUUACACAAAUAAUAUCAGAAAUUUUUCAGCGCGACUUUUACAACAUAUAAUAUCCUCUUUUUUACUAUUUCUUAUAUUACUUCGGAAUUUAAGCUACAGGUCUGUUAGAUCCAUUCGUGUCACAGCACUGCGUUGCGCAUAAUUUCCGAGAGUUCUUCGUAUCUGUGAUUAGCUUCCCGCGAGAGCCUUGGUAAUCCGCGAGCAACCAGAAGAAGAGAUUGGAGCCGCUCAUGAACAUGCGCAUUCGGAUACGCACGAUGUGCACGUGUGAAAAACACGUGGUCAGAACGCGAGCACGAUACAGACACGAUGUAUCGCUUCGACAGCGACUCCUCGCUUUUCUUCCUUCCAUUCGAAAACGAUCGAAAACCGAGUCUCGUCCAGAAGAAGCCGAUGAAACGAUAGGGAAAGUAAAAACAAAAAAAGACAAGUUUAAAAGAGAGCAAAUAAAAGAAAUAAAAAAAAGAGGGAGAGAUAGAGAAAGAGAGAGAGAGAGAGAGAAAAACGUGCAAAGUAUCCUACGAGAGCCAUCGCAGCAGGCCGACAAACCAAGCAACCCACGCAAUAUAUCCCUUCGAGGGAUCGACGGAACCUUCGUAAAUGUAAAACAUAGUCGUUAAUAAUGUAAAACAUAAUCGAUCGAUAAUCGUAGCUUAAUUAGCGUGUAAUAUAUAAUAGAGUUUAUUUUUUUUGGUCGCAGAAUAUUGUUAUAAAUAUAUUAGCCGAAUGCGCGAGCGGGACAUUUAUGUGUACGCAUGUGGAUAGUGUAUAUGUGUGUACGUGUGCAUGCGUAUGUGUGUGUGUGUGUGUGUGUGCAUAUGUGUGCGCGUGUACGUGUGCGUGCGUGUAUAUGCGCGAAUGCGAGCGUGAAGCGAGGAAGAGACUAUACUAUACAUGAGAAGCGUAAUGGGGCUGGGAGUAUACCGGACAUGCAGGAAUAACGUGCUGCAUGCGUACGUGUAUACGUGUUUCGCACGUAAUGUAGAACGGAACGGAUGUACGCGCGCGCGCGCCUUACGUUUAAUGUAAAUGUUGGAUUACUAAUGUGUGUGCGACCCUCCGUACGACCGCGUGGAGCCGCCGCGACGAGCCUUACCGCGAUACAACUCUCUUCGCGUUCUCGUUAAUACGGUAAACGCUAAUUUCGCCUACGAUUACGCGGCGAGCGGCGACGUGACACCGAACGGAAAAUUGCCACGGCAAGUUACGAGCAGCGCAAACGUGAGCGACUUUAGCGUUUGACCGUAUAUUAAACGCAGGCGAGAGUCACGUCCUGCAAGCUCUACACGCUCCAACGGGGCAGACUAAAAACUUUCUUGUCGCGAUGAGAGACUCGAUGCUGGAUCUCCGAGUUUCUCGAGACACCGCGAUUCUGCACGAGCGUGUUUAACGUGUCUGACAACGUGUAAGCACUCGUUUCCCGACAAGAAAAUCGUGAUGACGACUCCACAUUGGCGACCACGCUGUGGGCGAUAGUUGGCGAACGAACUCCCCGAUCCGGCCUCUCGUGUUUAACGCCAAUACGUGUUCUCACACAUACACGUACACAUACACACACACACACACACACAUAUAUAUAUAUAUAUAUUUCCAAUUUUUCUCGUUUUAGGUAGAGUACAGAGCGUGUGUGGUGCUAAAUGCGAGAGGGAAAGGGAGAAAGAGAGCUGCUCCGCGAAUAUGUGUCGCUUCAUGUCAACAUGUUCGCCGCUCGCUCCAGCUGGUCUCGAAAUCGUACGGAGGAUAUAUAUUGUGGCAUUAAUAACGUUAAGGUAUCGGACAUACGAGCGAGUAGGACCGGUGAUAUGCGUGCGAUUUCGCGUAGAGUAAGUCUGAUCUGCUGCAAUCGUGCCAUAUGUUUCGACGUGGAUCUCCAAUGAGACGGGGAUCGCAUCGAUCACGCAUCCCUCGUGGAUGAAGAUCCCAUCGAAUCAUUUCUAUCGCCGAUCCUUCUCGGUGGCUUCUGUCGCAAGGCGUUGUUCAAUCCCUGGCAAUCUGCAGAAUAUUAUACGCGCGUGUUUUGUGUCGCUGUGUUUUUAUUCACUCUUGACACUAUAUAUCGUAAUUAAACAAUUUUUCCAUUUGGAUCUCAGACUUGUCUUCUGCUCUUCCUCAGCCGUGUGCAACACGGUGCGAAUGCAGCAGGGCAGAAAUCAUCUUUACGCUGAUAUACGCGUAUAAUAUAUAUAAAUGUAUGUACAUAUAAAUGUAUAGACCUACGAGAAACGAAAGACAGAAUGUGAGAGAAAAAGAAAGAGAAAGGUAGGAGAGAGCGAGCGAGAAAGAAAGACAGAGAGCGCGAAUAGUAGAUGAACGAAAGAGAGAGAGAGAGAGCAAGAGCAAGAGAGCGACAGAAAAAGAGAGUGAGGACACUGUUGUCAAAUGCGUGUACAAGAUGGGCCAUUAUCACAGGAUGCCUUAUUAAUGACGGAUUCUUUUUGGAAAAUAAAGUAGGAAGGAAAUUCUGCCCCCUAAAAUCUAAAAAUAUCAAAAGACCUUAAAAGAGACCUUUUAAGGUUCUCAAAAAGGCAGAAGCAACGGGACAUUAGUCUCAGCGAAUCUAAAAAAUGCGAAGCUCGGAAGACGUUAUUGUUAUCUUUAUUAACGAGAAAAUUGUUGGAACAUGUCCUGGCGUAAAUCUCUUGUAGCUAAAAGUUACACUCUGAAGUAACCGAUUAGAUGAAGAUCAUUGCCGUGUCGCGACACUGUUAGAAAUUCCGUUUCCGUUUCUGUGAGUGAGGCGCCUGUCGUUAAGUAAACGGUCGGCGAUAACGGUGCAUCCGGCGCACGCAUGUACGUACGUAGGCAACGAUAUUAAUAUUUAUUGAUUAUCGGCGCGCGCGAUAUCCUGCCAGGAUGGCUUUCUCGCGGAGAAAAAGGAAAAAAGGUUCCGGUUCUGCGAGAAGGACCGUCCGUGGCGGCGCGUUCCGACCGUCUCGUUGGAACAAUUAUCAGUAGGAUCGUACUUUCAUGCUCGUUUCUCGAUCACACGGAUACACAUAUAUGCGCAUGUACACGUACACUCAUACAUAGACACGUACACGCAAUUAUAAUUACUCAAAAGUAACUUGUACUCUAUGUAACUAUUACUAUUUUUAUGAAUUUUUGUACAUUUUUCUAAUUAUUUUGUAUAAUAAUCGUUAGCGGAAAGAGAGAAAAUGGCAGAAGUCUGGCACCCACCUCCCCAAAAAAGUGUUCAAAGCGAAGAAAAGGAGCUACAUCAACGAUGAAAAGAAACGUAAAAAAAACAAAAAAAUGAAAUUUCGGUGCGAAUGUGCGUAUAUUCAUACGAGCAUGACGUGCGUGCGUGUGUGUGUGUGUGUGUGUGUGUGUGCAAACGUAUGCGCGCGACUGUGUCUUGUGAGCAAAGUUUGAAAGAGAGAGAACGAGAGAGAGAGAAAGAGAGAAAAGACGACGAGAAAUGUAAAAUGAAUAAGAGAAAAAGUACGCGGGGAGCACAUAGUGUGAAUGCGCGAAAUUUUGCGAAAGUAGAAAAAGAAUAGAGAGAAGGCGAACGAAAAAAAACUGAAAAAGAAGCCGCGAAUGUCGACAAUGUAGUCCACCGUUUGUCUGUGUAAUCUUGUCUUAAUCUGUCUCCUUGUCUGUCUGUCGGUUUGCCUGUCUGUCUGUCCGUGUUGUGUUUUACCAGGGGAGGAGAAUUCGUUAAGAUCCUAAUGACGUAGCGUUACUUUUUCUCUGGAUCUAUGACGCGAUGACGAUGACAAUGAUAAUUUUUAUGUUUUGUAUUAAAAAAAAAAAAAACGCGCGCGCGAUGAACUUUCUUCUCAACAAACCCGCUAAAGGUGUAUAUAUAUAUAUAUAUAUAUAUAUAUAUAUAUAUAUACACACAUAAAUAUAUAUCGUAGGAAAGAGAAAGAGAAGAAGAAGAGAGUGGGUGGAGAAAGAGGGAACGGAAGGGAGUGCGAUAAAUCGAACGAGCGGGAAAAAGGAGAGGGUGCAUAGGUAGUAUCGGAGAAGUGUAGUAAAAGAAAAAACAAAAGGCGACUAAAUGAUGUUCAAAACGACGA